AUGCUAAGGCGCUGGUGUUUAUCCAACAAGCUGUCCAUGAUAGUAUUUUUUUCACGGAUUGCGGCAGCAACCACGUCAAAGCAGGCUUGGUCCAUUCUACAGAAGGAGUUUCAAGGUGAUUCAAAGGUCAUUGUGGUGAGACUUCAAUCACUUCGGCGUGACUUUGAAACCUUGAUGAUGAAAAGUGGAGAACCUAUUGCUGAUUUUUUGUCCAAAGCAGUGGCAAUUGUUAGCAAAAUGCGAUCCUAUGAUGAGAAAGUUACUGACCAGACCAUUGUGGAAAAGAUACUGCGAAGCUUGACUCCAAAAUUUGAUCAUGUAGUUACUACGAUUGAAGAGUCUAAGGAUCUUUCAGUAUUUUCCUUUGAUGAAUUGAUGGGAUCUCUUCAAGCUCAUGAGGCGAGACUCAAUCGAUCUACUGAAAAGAAUGAAGAGAAGGCAUUCCAAGUGAAGGAUGCUACAACUAAGUAUGGAGAAAACAAUGGUCCAGCAAGCAGAGGCCGAGGAAGAAGAGGAUUUCGCGGUGGUCGUGGUCGUGGUCGUGGUUAUGGACGAGGCAGAGGAAGGAAUGACGAGCACAAGCAGUCCAAUGAGAAAAGUAACCAGAAAAAUGGCAUUCAAUGUCAUCACUGUAGUGGUUGUUCAAAUCAUAUUACAGGCACCAAAUCUAUGUUUCAAGAGCUUGAUGAGAAGCAAAGAUACAAUUUGAUAAGUGUUGGACAGCUAAUGACUGAUGGAUAUUCUCUUUGGUUCGAUGAUGAUGCAUGUGUCAUUACAAACAAGAAGUCAGGCAAAAAGGUUCGCAUCACCAUGACGCCAAAUAAUAUGUUUCCGUUGGAUGUUUCCAAUAUGGAAAAUUUUGCCCUUUCUGCAAAAAGUGGCAUCCACAGGGAGCUAACACCAUAUACACCGGAGCAAAAUGGUGUCGAUGAGCAAAAAAAUCGCACUGUUGUGGAGAUGGCAAGAAGCAUGUUGCAAGCAAAGGGACAUCCGAAUCAUUUUUAG